GCAAAAAAGGUAAAAGAAGUGGAAGAUUAAAACUAAAAUGACGUAACGAAAACGACGCAGUAUCAGCGAAACACUGAAGACGAAAGCAAACUGAACACAAAGGGAGAUAGCAGUCGAUCCUAUUCCUAGGAAAACCAGAACUGGAUUAUCAAUCUAGCUAAGAAAAACAUUUGUGGAUUGAGAUGGCUUUUUGUGGAGGUGCCAAACGUUCUCUUGGUUCACUACUGAGUAUUAGGAUGCUUAAUGGGUCAUCAACUACAGCUAGUGCUGCCAAUGGGGGUUGUUUUUCUAGCUGUGUUUCGAACACAAGAGUCACAGAGACACAAAUUCCUCUAGGACUUGCCAGUACCCAAUGUGGGUCUGCUGUCUUUCUUCGGAGGUUCAGCGUUGAAGCUUCUGACCAUAUGAGUCUCAUAAAGCAACUGAGGCAGAGAACCAGCGCUCCUAUCAAAGAUGUCAAGGCGGCUCUCGUUGAUUGUAAUUGGGAAAUCGAGGCUGCACUCAAGGAAUUAAGGAGAAGAGGGAAGGUUUUGGCAACGAAAAAGUCGUCAAGAAUGGCUUCUGAGGGUUUGCUUGCACUGGCUCACAGUGACAGCAAGGCUGCUCUUAUUGAACUCAACUGUGAGACUGACUUUGUUGCUAGAAAUGAAAUCUUUCAAUUCUUGGCCUUAGCUUUGGCAAAGCAUGCUUUGUUGCUUGAAGGCUCUUCUCAACAGGUUUCUGGGGUCUUUCCCAUUGCCUCUGAACAUUUACAGGACUUGAAGUUAAAUCUUGAACAUCCAAAAAUUAGUGGAGAAACAACUGUUCAGAAUGCAAUUACGGAAGUGGCUGCAGUAAUGGGGGAAAAUAUUAAACUCAGAAGGGGAUUUGUGAUGUCUACUGCUUCACAUGGUGUUGUUUCCACGUAUCUUCAUUCAAGUCCCCAACCAGGUUUGGGUCGCAUUGCUGGGAUUUUAUCUCUUGAAGUAGAGGAUAAGAAUGCUGAGUUGGAUGCCAUUCAGCGCAUUGGGUCGGAAUUGGCAAUGCAUGUGGUGGCAGCAAAGCCUUUAUUCUUAACAAAGGAACUUGUUUCUACUGAUGCGUUAGAGAGUGAACAUGAAAUUCUCAAGUCUCAGGCUGAAAGUACGGGCAAAUCCCAGAUGGCCAUAGACAAAAUAGUAGAAGGUCGAUUGCGUAAAUACUAUGAGGAAGUUGUUUUGAUGGAACAGAAGUUUAUUGUGGACGAUUCUGUAAAUGUAAAGACACUAUUAGAUAAGCUAUCUAAGGAAGUGGGAUCACCUGUGAAGAUUAAGAGCUUUUUCAGGAUGGAAGUUGGAGAAGGAAUUCAGAGGCUAGAAGAAUCCAGUACAUCUGAAAAUUUGGCUGAGGCUGUGUGAGGAAAUGCUGCCCCUUAAUCUACAGAAUGUAGAAUUUACCUGGAAAAUCCAAAGAAGUGGGGAUCGAGCGAGGGUCCAUUGAUACUCGGCAUGAUUGCCCUUUAUGCUCGCUCACUGAUGUGGUAGUUAGCCGUUUUGUUGCUGCUGUUUUCAGGUCUUCAUAUUUUGAGAUUAUGAAAUGUAAUUUUGUGGAGGCCCGAAUUUCUUUUCAUUUCUGUCAACAAACACCGAGUAGUAAUGUUUAUGUUCUCCUUCAGCUUCAGUCAUAUGUCAAGCUAGUGCCAUUCUUAGGUAUGGUUAUCAAGUAUCUAUUGGCUCGUUUAUAUAUUGCAAAGCUAACUAUUUGAUGCUUUGCCCAACAUCGGAUAUAUUUGGUGCAUUUGAUGCAAUUUUGGACUUCAUGCCCAUAGUUGAAAAUCAAGGAAAAAUUAUUUGAUGGUG